CGAGAUUCAACCCGACUUGCCCAUUCUACUCUUCAUCGCGAUACAAUCAAUCACGCUGCGCAUACAUUAUUUGACCGUUUCCGAUGCCUAAGCUACCUCCCGGCCAUUUCUGGCCUACCCCUCCGAACUCGGAGCCCUCGAUCUCCCGUCCAUCAAGCCGCUCGCAACGCUCGGAGCAAACCGCGUCGGGGAGCAGCACGCGCGGUCAGUUUGGAAUCUCGAAUGUCAAAUACCGCGUCGGCGCACCCCCGCUCCGGCCGCUGCCGCUGGAGACAGGCUUUACCGAGGACUGUGCAAGGGCCGAAAUCAUCCUCGACAAGGCCCAGAUCGCCGACGCCGAGGUCGAUUUCGUGGCCCGGCAUGUUCCGCAGGAGUUGUGGACAGCCCAGCCAACCAUUUUCAUCGUGGCGCCGUGGGGGGAGGAUUCGCGAGACAAGUGGGAAGCGGUGAUCAAGGAGCUCAAGGGCUACGUGGACAGGAAACUGGACGACAUUGGUUGGAGAGGUGUCGACAUCGGCGUCGAGAUGGUCGCUCCGCAGUUGACUAUGUGGAAGUACAUGGCCCCAAUCGUCAACCCGGUUCUCGAGUCGGACUGGCCAACCAUCCAGGCCAGCAUAUACGAGAUUCUCGAGUCUUUCGCUGCGACCAAGUCACAUAUGACAACCAUCUCCCUUCUCCGGCUCGGCUACUCCCCCAUCCGCCAUCAGAAUCCGGAGACAGUCUAUGUCUCAGUGGACUACGAGUCAAGGGAAGUAACCUGGCCGCCUGUUGUGCAGCGCAUUGAAGCAUACCUUGCGACGCUGAACCACCACCUCUGCCUGCACUUGGAAAACAACAUCGUCCAGAACCUACCCUUCCAGCCGCUCGAGCCCACAGAGGGCGCUGUGCCGGCAAAGGACACUGGCUUGGACAGAGAUUACCAGCGCCAAGUCAAUCUUGGUGAUGACAUUGGCAUGGCUCUCUAUGUCAUCAGGAAGGAUGGGAAGAGGUGCAACGGUGGAUGCGGCACGCUGGGCUGCUACCUCGAGAUCAAGACGAAGAGCGAUCAAGGUAGCUGGAAGAAGGUAGCUCUCACCAACUACCAUGUUGUUCGAUCAGCCAUCCCGGGCUUCUCCCUCAAGCCAAAAAACACGGUGCAGGCCCUGCCCGGCACCUCGGCGGUGAUCGACCAAGCAGUGGCGAUCACGGCUAUAGAUGUUCCAAUCAUCUCCUCGGAGCUGUCCGAGUCGGACAAACGAGGCUUCUUCCUCAGUACCGCGACAAACUUCACACCUGUCGAGAGCCCAAGCCGUCGGAACCACAAUUUCAACAUCCACCAGCUACAGAAGCGCAUUGACGUCCUUACCAAGAACGCAGAUGCACGCGGACUGCAAGCUGUUGCAGCAGCGACCGCGCCGUUGACGCAGAACCUCGCCUCGAAGGUCUCCUUCUUCAACUCGGGCCGCCAGCACCUCGGCACGCUGUUUGCCGGCUCUGGGUUCACUCGCCGCACGAGCGAGAACCACCGGCUGGACUGGGCGCUCAUCGACGUCGUGCCGGGCCGCCAGGGAGACAACAUGCUCCCGGUUGAGGCGAAGUGGGUCGCCGAGUACAGCGACAUGACGCACUGUCCGCUGCCCACCGGAUGCGGCAUUCCGCUGCGACCGAAGCAACAGGGCAGGUCUCUGAAGGACGUCACUCCCGGAGAGAUUCUGUUCAAGGUUGGGAUGAAGACGGGGGUGUCGGCUGGUUAUUUCAGCCAUGUCAAGUCGAAUUGCUGGCUUGAAGAUGACAAGCAUAUGGGCAUGCCGCGGUCGAGCGAGUACCUCUUCCUUGGCCACGAAGGGAAGCCGUUUGGAGAUCAUGGAGACUCUGGGUCGGUUGUGUAUGAUGCUGAGGGGCAGGUGUUGGGGCUUCUGUUUACUGGAUUGUCGCCUCAGCAGACCAACGCGGGCCAUACCUUUGUCACACCUAUCGAGGACGUUUUUGAGGACGUGAUCAAGUUUUCAAAGGGGGGGAUAACGGAUAUACGUAUUGCGGUUUAGGGGGAGCUGGCGGAGGACUUGGCUGAGGACUGGUUGCUUUCGUCUGGCGGGAACCGCUGCCUGGCAGCAUUUGGAGCAGGCCUGGCUGCACUUUAAGGGGAGCCUGUUUGAGGCAGGUGAACAAACCAACCCUAGAAGCAUGUAUCUUUAUUCUUGGC